AUGGAAGAGAGAACCCAUAUUACCAAUCCAACAUCAUCUCUCUAUCAGUCAGACGAGUUAGUAGACAUACAUCUCAAGCAUCUUGCUCGUCAAGGCUACACAGCGUUUUGUGUUGAUUGUGCUUGGGCUUGUUAUCGAUUGAAUAAGUCAUUCGGAGGUUGUAGAG